AUGGCUGCUGCUGGUACAUCCACUCGUGCGGCGCGUUCGUCGAGUCGUAGCAGAACGGGAGCGGGGAAAAAGUCGUCGAGGAAGUCUCCGUCCCCGACGCCGAAGAGCCGAAAGAAUAAAGGAAUAAAAAAGCCAUCGACGACGACGACGACGACGAAAAAGAAGAAGAAGAAGAACGCGCAAGAGCAAGAGCAACAUUGGGGCUCUGGCGGCGAUGCCGACAAGUACGGCGCCUUCAUCAACGCAGCCGGUAUCAUCUUGUUAAUCGCAACGACGCCGUUCUUAGCGGUGAUGAUUUGGGACGUGUUCGUCAACAGAAACGGAAGCGUUUCAAACCUCGUUUCGAGUAUAUCGAGGAAAACAUUCAAAGGAUACUUAAAAGACAUGCUUCCGUGGCCGACAAAAGACGCAAUCGUGCAUUUACUUUCCUACGCCACGUUCGAAGCGUUAUUGCAGUUGUAUUUACCUGGGAAAAAGCAUUUCGGUCCAGUUACUGCAAACGGGAACAUUCCCGAAUACAAAGCGAACGGCGUGUUGUCUUUGAUUACGACUUACGCGGGAUUCUUCGCCGCUUGGCAUUUCGGAUUAACCUCGCCAAAGAUUGUGUACGAUUUGUUCGGAGAAAUGUUAUUCGCGAUGUCCAUGUUUGCCAUAUUUUUCUGUCUCUUCCUCACCUUUAAAGGUUUGUAUUUCCCGACGGACUCUGACUCGGGAAGCAACGGUUCGUUUCUGUACGACUUCUAUUGGGGCACGGAAUUAUAUCCAAAGUUCGGUCCUCUCAACGUCAAGCAAUUCACGAACUGCAGAUUUGGUAUGAUGGCCUGGGCUCUUUUACCCGUCGUGUUUGCGUGCUAUCAAUACGAACGCGACGGAUUCCUCGCCGACUCGGUGUUGGCUUGCGUCAUUCUCAUGUGCUCGUACAACGCGAAAUUCUUCUACUGGGAAACUGGAUACUUCAAUUCCAUGGAUAUCAUGCACGACAGAGCAGGGUAUUACAUUUGCUGGGGUUGUUUGGUGUGGGUGCCUUCUUUGUAUGUAUCUCCGGCGUUGUAUAUUUCUUCAAUCAAACCGGCGGUACAGCUCGGAACGACGAAAUUUUGCGCCAUCGUCGUCGCGGGCUUGUUAUCCAUUUGGAUUAAUUACGAUUCCGAUCGUCAGCGACAAGAAGCGAGACGAACCAAAGGUAACAUGCUCGUUUGGGGCAAAAAACCACGAAUGAUCAAGGCGAAGUACGAAACUAUCGAAGGCGAAUCGAAAACGCACUUCCACUACUUGCCGGAGAUAGCGGCAUCGUUCUUUUGGACUUUGCCGGCUGGAUUCGAUAAAGUCGUGCCGUACUCCUACGUCAUCUUUUUGACGAUACUAUUGUUUGAUCGAUCCGUUCGCGACGACCGAAGGUGCGCUGCGAAGUACGGAACGUACUGGAAACAAUAUUGCUCUAUAGUGCCGUAUAAAGUCAUCCCGGGUAUUUUUUGA